GUCCGUUAUAGUGUUGCAUUCCAGCGGCGGUAUAACAAUACCUGCCCCUACAUGUUACAUAUCAUAAUAUCAUAGUAUUAGUUCAAAGUGGAUAUACAUUUGUGUGUAUCAAGUGAAUAUGGAUAAAUAAAUCCAUACGAUAGAUAUGUGGGUCUUUUAAACCACGAAUCAAACACUUUUACGCAUUAAUAACGCUUCGAAGCGAGAACGUGAAUGAGAAUUUAAGUGAUUGUUAUUUAUCUUCUCAAGUUAUUUUAGCUAACACAGAAUACCUACAACCAUGUUUUUUCAAAUCAAUGUUACCCCGAAGGAAAAAAAGGCGGCUGAACCUGUUUGUAAAGUUGUUUCUAGUAGCAAUAAAUAUAGUUUGUUACUCGCUCCAUUUCAACCUCAAACAAAAAUUAAGUUGGAUACAAAAGUCAAUACCGACGUGAAAUGCAUUCUGGCUUUGAAAAAUUCAAACAAUCGACCGCUUAAUGUAUCAAUUUCUAAAUUUCCUCCACCAGAGAGGAAUAUUAAUAUAAGUGCUACAGAAUGGGCUAUUGAUCCAGAGAGUGAAGCUUUAUUAGAAAUAACUUGGAAACCCAUUGAAAGUGGAUCAUGGAGAGAUAUUUUACAAUUAUCAGACAGUAGACGAAUAAAGUAUGAUGUUCCUUUAUCAUUGAAUUGUACUGAUCCUACAAAAAAAGUUCUUAAAGGAACACUAAAAACAAAAUCUAGACCUUUAGUUGGAUCAAAAACAAGUUGUACCUCUACAUCUAAUUCUCACAAAUCUAUACUGUCAAACAAAAACAAACAAUUUAAUCCAAAACCAAAUAGUCAGCCUCAAGUUGCAAUGAAAGAACCAUCAAUAACUGUUGGUCUUGGUGACAAAGAGAAUCGUUCUAGCAAUGUUAAUACAAACUGGAUGCUUGAAAAUGCUAGAUCAAAAAAGUAUAAUGAAGGAAAAUUACCUUCUACCUCAUCCAAUUUUUCUAAAAUUCUUGAUUCAACUGAUUUCAAAUUUACACCAGUCAAAUCAAAAUUUGAUUGCUUCGAAACAAAAAAUUUUCAUGAAACAUUUACUGCUAAAAAUGACAUAUUUGAAGAACAAAAUAAGAUUUAUAAAGAAGAAACAUCCACGCUUAAAGUUGAAACUAAAGUGGAAAUGACCUUAAGAAAAGAAACAUACAUCACCGUUCCAAAAUGUUUAAAUUUAGAAGAAUUUCAGAAUUCUAUAAGUCCUGAAAACAUUCAGAUUCAAAAUAAACAUAAUGAUGUCUCAUUGUUUAAACCUACAGAUACAGAAGAAAUUAAUGUCAAUGAAUAUCAAGAAAAAAAGACAGAUUUUUCUACCUUAUUAAGUAAUAUCAAGUUUACGCCAUUCAAAAGUCCUACAAAAAGAAAUGCAGAUCAAAUUAUAUUUUCACCAAAUAUUUGUUCUACAAUUCAAAAAACUAAAAAAACUAAAUCUGAUAAUAAUGAUAUCGUUGAUGGGUUCAAUGAAAGCAAUGCAACAUUCAAUUUAAGUCCUUUGCCUAAAGCUGAUGCAAAUAGUACUUAUGAAUUACAUCUACCACAAAACAUUGAUACAAAUGCUUCUUACUUAAAACCAACUUGUCUUGCUAAAACAUUUGAUAUUGAUAAUCAUGAAUUGGAUGGCUUAAAAUCAGUGCCCAUUAAUAAUCAAUCUCAUCUGGACAACUCUAAAUUUAAUAUUAACAGUAAAUUUUCAAAAUCACAACUAGAUUCUGGAACAUUAAAAGAUUGCGUGGAGGCAGAUCUGUGGAUUAAAUCUAAAGAUAAUUCUCAGUCACCUAUAGAAACAAAUUUUAUGCAUUCUACUUUGGAUAGUAUAAAAGAAGAGGAGAGUGAUUCUGAAGAGAUGAUUCUAGAUGAUUCAUUAGAAUCAAAACCAAAACCAGUUCGCAUUGAAAUUUCUCCUCCAAAGUAUAAAAAGCAAUGGAAAUCACCAAUUAGAAGAGUGUCACCAACAAAACGAAGUAAAAUAAUGAAAGAAAAAUUUCCAAUUGAUCCAGUGACAGCGAAGAAAAAAUUCCAAAUUAAUCAAUCAAUUAAAAGUGAUGGUUCUGUUCCGGGUAUUCCAGGCAUCAAAAUUUCAAAACUCUCUCUUGCAAGUUUAAUGAAAAAUAAAGAUAAGAUUGCGAAAAAUAAAAGUUGCAAAGAAGUCAGUGUCAAAUUACAUGAUCCCAACGACUUUUUAACGAUGUUUUGUAAUCCCGAUCCGUUUGCCGCCACAAUGACGCACGAUCCAUUUUUAACAAGUACUUUAUAUUAUGACGAUAAAUGGAUUUAUAAACAAGAAAUAGAAUUCAAAAAAUGGUUGAAUGCUUUGUUAACUCCACCAGAACAUUUGACGACAGACGUUGAUACCGCACCAAUCGAUGUCGGAAAAGUUUGGCAGUUUUGCAGAGCCAAAGAGGUUUCUCUAGCUGAAACAAAAGAGGCUAUUUCAGCUCGUUAUCAUACCAAUACACGACUAAAUUCUUUGCGAAAAGCUGCUUGUUCCAUGUAUCGCAGGCCAGAUGUUAUUACUGUUCUUUCUAACACAACUCGUUGCAUUGAAAAAGAAAUUUUAAUUAUAAGAUCUGACAAAGAUUUACAUCGAGAUAUUGGGCUUCAAAAAAUAAUAUUGGAAUUGUUCAUUAGUUACAAUCCAUUAUGGUUGCGCAUUGGCUUGGAAACAAUUUACGGAGAAACUAUUCCUCUUCAAUCAAACAACGAUUUGAUUGGUCUAUCGAAAUUUGUUAUCAAUCGAUUCUUUUCCGAUCCAUUUUUGGUGAAAACUCACUCAUCAAAUUUACAUCCGAAUAUUCGUCUCAAUACAUUUCAACAAUUAAUGAACAAAUUUAUGCUGAAAAAAUUUUUGUUCCUCGUCUUUUUUCUGGAUUAUGCUAAAAGAAACAAACUCAUCGGGCACGAUCCAUGCCUGUUUCAUAAAAAAGCUGCGAUGAAAGACAGCCGAUCUGUGAUACUGACGUUCUCCCGCGAACUCCUAAGCGGAAUCGGUGAUGUAACUAAAGUCCUGCGCAACUACAGCUACGUCGUCUCUUACCAGCAGAGUUAUUUGGAUGAAUUUGACUACGCUGUGAAAGAUUUGUGUCUUGAUUUGCGGGACGGAGUACGAUUGUGCCGGGUUAUGGAGCUCAUGACCGCAAAAGGGGGUCUGACAAAUCUUUGUCGGGUACCUGCAAUAUCUCGAUUACAACGAGUCCACAACGUUAACAUAGCUUUAAAUACACUCAACGAGGCUGGUUACACUAUAGCAGGUGACAUAGACGGAAAGUGCAUCGCCGAUGGGCAUAAAGAAAAAACUCUCUCUCUUCUCUGGCAAAUUAUUUACAAGUUUCAAGCACCGAGAUUUGAAAAAGCUGCUAAAAUUCUACAACGAUGGUGGCGAUCGAAACUUUGGUAUGUGCGUGUCAGGUUUAUGCUGCGGAAUAGAAAACAUAACGCGGCAUCUGUGAUCCAGAGAGCUUGGAAAUGUUAUUUAGCCAGGCGACAAUUGCACAUUUUAAAACUCGAAUAUGCCAAGCAACUGGAGAUAAAAACUCAAGCGGUAUGUAAAAUUCAACUUUACUGGAGAAUGAGAAUGGAAGUAAAAAAACAACAGCAAAUGUAUCAGCAAUGUAGAAGUUCUAUAAUUAAAAUUCAAAGAUGGUGGAGAAGAAUCGCAUUUACAAAACCAUUUGUACAAAAUAUGCGCUUGAAAAAACUAACGAUCAUCAAGUUACAGACACUUUGGCGAGCCAAGCAAGAAAUGAAAUUACAAAGAAAAGUAUAUGUUGAUCUAAAGAAAAGUGUGGUGGUAAUUCAAACUUAUUGGAGAAACCGACAAUUGGGAAAAAAAGUAUUUAAUAACUAUCAACGGCAAAGACAUGCAACAAUAUUUCUACAACAAAAGUGGCGUGCAACUCUUCUCAUGAGAAAUCAACGUAAGUUGUAUCUUCGUGAAAUUGAGGCAAUCAAGUUUGUACAAGCUUGGUGGAGAAGUUGCGUGGUCCUGAAAAAAGAUCGAAACUACUUUUUAUCUCUCAAAAAAGCAGUUAAUUCAAUAGAAAAACAAUGGAUCAUUAAGCACACGAUUCUAGAAGAGAGAUCAAAGUUCUUGAUACAAAAACAAAGCGUUCGCGUCAUACAAAGAGCUUGGCGAAAUUAUAUAGGCACCAAAGAUUAUGUGAAUGCAUUAAAACUUCAAAAAGUAUCCUGCUUGAAAAUUCAAACGUGGUGGCGAUCGGCUAGGGAAAAGAAAUCUUACAAAAAGAUUCGUUGUAGCAUAAUAAUAUUGCAAAAGCGAUGGCUAGCCACAUUGAUGGCUAAACGAGAACGUUCGAAUUUCCUGGCACUCAAAAAAGCCGCUAUAGUGUCACAAAAAAAUUUGCGUAUGAAGUUAGCCAGAAAAUCGUAUGUACAACAGAAGUCAGCUGUUUUGAAAAUCGAAAAUUGGUACAGUAAUUCAGUCGAGGCACGAAAUGUACGAAAUGCGUUUUUGGAAAAGCGAUCAGCAAUGAGAAAGAUCAAGACUUGGUGGUUAGCGAUUAAACUUGCCAAGAAAGACGCAGCUCGAUACUUGAAAAUAAAAUGGGCAGCAACGAUUAUUCAAAGAAGAUGGAAAUCUCAGAAAUUGAUGAAAAAAACGAGAGAUGAAUACUUGCGUUUACGUAAAUCUUCGAUAAAAAUUCAAUCAUGGUGGCGGAUGCUCCGCGAGAAAAAGCGACACGAGGAAAGAUUACGAAGAAUCGCUGCGACUCGUAUCCUACAGAUGAGAUGGCGUGCAUUACAAAAAGGUAGAGAAGUUAGACGAGAGUACGCCAAGGCGAUCAGUGCAGUAGUUUUGCUACAGGCCAAAUGGCGAGCCACUCUAGCUGCUAAAGCAGAAAGACAAACAUUUUUACGUUUACGAUCAGCCGCAAUAGUUCUGCAAAAGAACUGGAAGUCAUUGGUUCUCUCAAAACAAUUCAAAAAAACGAAAAAAGCCGUUCAAAUUUUGGAGAAAUAUAGAUGUAAUCAAUUGAUGAGUCGACGAGUAAGAGCCGAAUUUUUGUCUUUGAAAGCCAGCGUUGAAUAUGUGCAACGAACCUGGAGAACGAAACAACUAAGACGGAAAUUCCUCAAUCAGAAACGAUCGGCCGUCGUUAUUCAAAAAUAUUGGAGAGCUCAUUCCGCUCAACAAGACUUUUUGCGUAAGAAACAGGCUGCAAUUGUCAUACAAAAAUGGAGAAGAAAUGUUCUGUUUGGAAGACAAGUUCGCACAGACUUCCUCGAAUUCAAAGAAGCGGCAGUCAAAGUGCAAAGAUUAUGGAGAACGAAAGCAUUAAGGAAACAAUUUACAAACGCGCGCAACGCGGCCGUAAUUAUACAAAAGCAUUGGAAAGGCUACGUAACCAGAACUAAAUUCCAUAAUCAAAAACGUGCUGCGACGAUCAUUCAAAGAUGGAGAAGACAUGUUCUGCAUGGAAGACAAAUUCGUGACGAAUUUCUGAGACAACGGAACUGCAUUGUGAAGGUACAAAGUCUUUGGAGAAUGCAUAGUCAGCGACGUAAAUUCAAAGAACAACGAGAAGCUGCAAUUGUAAUUCAAAAGAACUGGCGCCGUUAUCUGGCUGUGGUUGAAUACAAAAAGCUGAGAAUGGCUGUGAUGUUCGUCGAGAAAUGGCGUAAAUGCAUUAUCAAAGCAAGACAAACAAGACAGAAGUUCAUCGAGCUGAGAGAUUCCGUCACGAAAAUGCAGCGAAUCGUCAGAGCUAAACAGUUGGCCCUGCGUUACCAGCAGCUUCGAUUAGCAACAAUAAAAAUCCAACGAUUCUGGCGAUCCGUGCUGGAAAUGAGAAAGGCGAGAGAUCGGUAUCAACAGCAACGAGCGGCUGCCAUUACAUUGCAAAGAAGAUAUCGAGCCUGGCGAACGGGUUAUUUAGUCAGAGAAGACGUGCGUCGCACCUACACCGCGGUGCUGAAGAUCCAAAAUUGGUGGAGGACCGUUUUGCAGCACGCUCAACGAAAAUGGGCGAUCGGCGUGAUCGAGAACUGGUGGCUGGUCGUCUUUAAAGAUCUACAAGAGCAGAGGAUGAUGUGGGCAGCUGCUGUGAAAAUUCAAGCUUUCUGGAGAGGCUACAAGACUCGGCAAACUGCCUGUAAACGUAUGGCUUUGUUGCGUGAGAGAUCGAAACAGGCGGCUGAAGCUGCUGUUCCAUCGGCAACGCUCGCUUUUCGAUUGCAAGAGAAUGUUGAAAUCUUUAGAACUGCUUCUAAUAUCGGGCAAUUAUCGAUUUGCUUGUCAUCGCUAGAUGUCAUUACGCGUUUAUCACCCAAUGCCUGCAUUAAUGUAUGUCAGUUCAAUUUGGUAGAUAAAUUGUACGACGUAUUAACUAAAGCUAAUAGAUCGCUACCUUGGCUAGAUGUUUGCUUGAAAGACGUUAGUAUUCUUUUGACUCUAGCCAAGUUCAAGCACACCACAAAAUACGUUCUCAAGGAAGAGCACAUAGAACUUUUAGCUAGACUGUUAACAAUUUCCGUAGAUAAAAAGGAUGAUUUAUUCUUGUGUACCGCGACUUUAAUAUGGGUAUUAACUGAAGACUAUGAUUAUCUGGAGGCAAUGAAAAAUUGUGCUCAUUCUAAAUACUUAUUAAGUACUUUGUAUACCUCAAUCAAUAAGAAAGUGUCAAAAUCUUCACUGCAAACUACUAAAGCUAAAAACGAUGCUAUGCCUAGUCCAAAACCAGAUUGGGGAUUGAAACACAAACGGCCUAGAGCAUUUUCUAGUAAUUCUCAAGCUAUAACAGCUCUCGCAACGAGAUUAAAUAUUUUGAGCAUAGCUUCAACUACUGAUGCGCAUAAAUCUUUCAACUUGUAAUUGUAAAAAUUUUAAUUAUAUAUUAUCAUACAUGUUAAGGCACUGUUUAUUUAUCAAUCGAUAUUUAAGGUAUUGUUUUUAAUGGUUGUUUACUAAAUAAGAAAUAAAUUUGUUAC